GGCGAAGAGCGCAUUCGACCACGUAAAGGUACAUUUUACUGCCUCGAUGGGGCACGGACAUCUCUGCAUGAACUUGGCAUGUUCAUGUCACACGAAUACUGGAUCAACAUCCCCGCUCAAAAGGCCGAUGACCCAUCACAGCAAACGAGGGCGACAGAUGUGAAGGACAGGAAGUACGCACCGCCUCUGCUCUCAAGAGUCGGCGUGCUGAAGUUGGACGCAGACUUCCAUGCCGGUAGCCUAAGAACUGUCAAAGCAGUUAUUCUCUCUGAGGCUCAAUACCUCGGCAAUGAACCGACGCCUGAUGUUCUGGGCUAUCCUCUGUAUAACAUUAUGCUUGUCCGCAGGGUUGGAAAGUUCGAGGGGCAUUCUUUUGCGGAAAGAAUUGGGACGGGCAAGAUCUACAAG